UCUUAAGAGGAAAAUGGAGGGUGACCAGGUGUGGGCUCUUGGUUCUAGGGUCCGAGUCUGCGAGUGCUUGUGCAGGAGGAUGCGGUUAGGGCCUCUGCGUGGGUCUCGGAGCCGACUCCAGGAAGCCCGUUCUCGCUGCAGGGGUGGAUGCCCCGUGCGUAUUUCGGAGCCCAGUCUGCGGAACUCGCACUGGCGGGGACAGCUGCUGCAGCAGCUCCUUGGGUGUGUAGAAAUUUCUCGCCUAAGUCCGGUUCUGCCAGCCCGUAAAAGGGCUUAUCAGAGAAGGAAUGGCUGUCAGGCGCCUGCCAACCAUGGUCCAGGAAUCCGUGACCUUCAAGGAUGUGGUCGUGCUCUUCACCCAGGACGAGUGGGCACAGCUGAGCCCCACUCAGAGGGCCCUGUACCGGGAUGUGAUGCUGGAGAACUACAGCAACCUGCUCUCACUGGGACUCUUAGGCCCCCAACCGGAUGUGUUUUCCCAACUGGGAAAAGAAGAGUGGAUGCUGGAGGGCGCCUCGGGAGGCUUCUGUCUUGACUGGAUGACACUGCCUGUGAGUAAGACAUCUACUCCCAAGGCAGAUAUUCCUGGAGAAGACUUGGAUCAGUGGGUGAUAAAGGAAAGAUUUGCUAGAGGCAGUCACUGGAAAUACGAUGGCCUACUGGAAUGGCAGCAUGGAGGUCAAGUGGCUGUUGCUCCCCAGAAAACCCCGUCUGUGCUUGGUGACCAGGAAGGUGAUGAACCUGCAGAGCUCUGCACCAUGAGCUCCUCUUUUGUUCCAAGUCUGGGGUUGCAGUCUAGCAAAAAAGCCUUUGAGUGUAGUGAGUGUGGAAAAGGCUUCACUAAGAGUUCCACCCUUAAUAAACAUCAGAAAGUUCAUACUGAAAAACAUAAUGCAAAUCAGAAAACUGUUAUUAAAGAGAAGCGAUAUGAAUGUAGAGAAUGUGGCAAAGCCUUUCACCAGAGUACACACCUUAUCCAUCACCAAAGAAUUCACACUGGCGAGAAACCGUACGAAUGUAAGGAAUGCGGCAAGGCCUUCUCGGUGAGCUCCUCACUUACUUAUCACCAGAAAAUUCACACCGGAGAGAAACCUUUCGAAUGUAACUUAUGCGGAAAAGCUUUUAUCCGAAACAUACACCUUGCCCACCAUCACAGAAUACACACUGGAGAGAAACCUUUUAAAUGUAACAUAUGUGACAAAGCCUUUGUAUGCAGGGCACAUCUUACCAAACACCAGAAUAUUCACAGUGGAGAGAAACCCUAUAAAUGUAAUGAGUGUGGGAAAGCCUUCAAUCAGAGUACAAGUUUUCUUCAGCAUCAAAGAAUUCACACUGGAGAGAAGCCCUUUGAAUGUAAUGAAUGUGGAAAGGCCUUCAGGGUGAACUCUUCCCUUACUGAGCAUCAGAGAAUUCAUACCGGAGAGAAACCUUAUAAGUGUAGUGAGUGUGGGAAAGCGUUCAGGGAUAAUUCAUCCUUUGCUCGACAUCGGAAAAUUCAUACUGGGGAGAAACCUUACAGGUGUGGUUUGUGUGAGAAAGCCUUCAGGGACCAAUCUGCCCUAGCCCAGCAUCAGAGGAUUCAUACUGGGGAAAAACCGUACACGUGUAAUAUAUGUGAAAAAGCCUUCAGUGACCAUUCGGCCCUCACUCAACAUAAGAGAAUCCACACUAGAGAAAAACCUUACAAAUGUAAAAUCUGUGGGAAAGCAUUUAUUCGAAGCACACACCUUACUCAACAUCAGAGAAUUCACACAGGAGAGAAGCCCUAUAAAUGUACUAAGUGUGGGAAAGCUUUCAACCAGACUGCAAACCUCAUUCAGCAUCAGAAACAUCAUAUUGGAGAAAAGUGAUAUGACUGUAGUUUAUAUGGCAGACCUUUGAGGCUAAACAUGUUACCUACAUUCAGUAGGUACUGACUGUAGAAUCCAUUCCAGGAAAUAGCCAUGAAAGCUUGCCCGAAGAUGGUCUUAUUCACUGUGUUAUGGGUUUGAGAAUUUAAGAACAGCAUGCACUUCUCCUAGUUCAGAACUGCCUCCGUUGAAUAGCAGUAAUGUUUUACUGAAUUGUCAAAUAUCAUAACCAAAAUGAAGCUUCAUUAACCACAAAGAAAUUAGUUCAUCAGAUUUACAUUUCGACUAUUAAGAGAGACUAUAAAAUGGUAAAAAUUCAGGUCAAGAAGCAAAGGAACAAAAAAGUAAGAAGAUGGCCUCUGAGCAUUUCACACUACUUGAUUCUCUUAUGUAAGAGGGUUUCCACUUUUAAUGGGACCCUUUUAUUCUCACCGACCCUGAUGAAACCGAGUGUAAGGAAAGUGCAGUCACUCGCACGUUGGGCCAGGAGUGACUCAAAUGGUGUUUCCCACCUUCUACUUCAAACCACCUUUUGUCAGAUGCUCCUGACUUACGUGUCCACUGCACUUACCUGUAUUCUCCUUCCAGGACAGCUCAUUUGAAUGGUGUGUCCCCUCUUGAUUUAGCAUCUCCUAAGUGGUGACAUCAUGUCUCUUAUUAUCUCCCCACUUGCCCUUGGGGAAUAUGGGGGUCUGGCCUCAUACACAGUCCACGGUUCUGGAUAUUUCACACAGACCCAGCUUUCAGGACUUGGGACCCCUGGGAGAUAGAGGUCAGUCAGACUUCUUGAGUUACCCAGUCCCUCUGGGCCUCAGCUUGACUCUGACACUGGGAUGGUAUCGAAAGCAGGGGCUGAGUGUGUGUAGACAUGCCCCUCCAGCUGUUCCACACUGUAGUUCCCCCCCACACAGCAGUUAGGGACAUGAUCCGCUUCAGGUGUGAUGGUCCAACUACCUCGUGGUGGUCUGGGUCACCUCCACUUCUGUGACUUGCCGUCGCCUGACAUGCAACUGACACAGGAAGUUAGAGGCCCAAAGCCAGUUCUCAAAGGUUCUGACCACCUCUGUUCCCCCUUGGCUGGCAGUCCCCUGUGUCCACUGCAUUAGAGCAUCCUGGCCCCUGCCCUUCUGUCCAGUUUUUUGAAGGUAUUGACUAUGUUCAUGGGGAAAGCGGCUUUGAAUUUCUGCUUUUGCCUUUGAAAGUGGGCAUUUCCUCUCCUCUGUCUGGGUAUCCCAGUGUUUAAGGAUUGUCCUAUUCUGACAGUGGUGAGCUACAUGUGGAGUAACUCCAUGGGUCAAGAAGUGGCCAACAGCAUUAUGAUGGUUCCUGGUCCAUACCCAAAAGUCUUCAUGAUACUUUAGUCCUGCAGGGAUAGUUCCUUUACCAUCAGUGCCAUCAGUAGAAAUCAGAGAUAAAGUAACGUGUGUGCCUUCACACACACAGCCUCUGGUAGCACUGUCCCCUUCCCUACCACAAGGAAUGGAGAGCCCACACGUUUCCAGACUGGAACAUCCCACAUUAUGAAUGUGGAAGAGCAACUCAGCCAUUGUUCCAGGAGGCAGAGUGGCAGCUUCUUGAUCUGUGGGUGUGCUCUCCAUCAAGUUGGGGAACCCACUGGCCCUGCAAAGGCUGCACCUCGACUCCCAAGUUGAAUAUAGACCUGGAAGCUUCCAGCGACUUUAAAGCCUAACUUCUCUAAAUUCAGCUUCAGUCAAGUGAAGGCCACUAGUGUGGGCAGGUGAUGAGUAACUCAACUUUCUCCCCUAUUAGGCUUCAGGUGAAGCAGCAUUUCAGGAAGUUGCUUGGAAUUAUUUGUACCCUGGGCCACAUGUGUUCAUCUACAGUCUUGCAGGGGCCAGCAAUCCCAGAGUCCAUAAUAAACUUGGAAAACCGUAUUCACUGCCAGACACCUGCCUUCAGUACUAUCCACAUGGCAUGCCUGGUCUUAAUGAUCACCUCUUACUCCCUGUGGGACAUUGCCCCACUGAGCAUCUUGUCCAUUUUAUGUGUUCUUUAUGAGAGCUCUUGCCACGUGUCACAUUCCUGCAGCUGAGCCAGGGCCAAGUCCUGCUGCCCUUUAAGCGCCUCAUUCCUUCCAGCUGCUCCAACAGCUACUCUUGCACUGGAAUCUGUGCAGCCUAGAGGCCCUCAAUCUGAGAUUACUGCCUGCCCUGCUUAUAGUGCACAGACUUCCCAGCACACCCACGACUGUCAUCUCAAGAUAAUGAAUGCACCAAUCCCCCCACGCCCUCACCUGGACUACAGAAAGAAGAGCCAGAGAAGCAGCCCCAGAUCCCGCCUCCCACAUCAGAGCUCUCCUGGCCUACUGUGGAAGGGCCAGUUCCACCCAGCCCAGAGGGGAGCAUUUUUGAGAAGAGGAUUAGCACCUAGACAUUAAAUUCUUCACUGUCUUGGGCUCCCGUGAACAACCCCUGAAGCUAUCAGAUCUUGGAGGAGAAAUAAUUGCUCCAAUCUCCCCUUUCAAAUUCCCCUCAUGCUCUUGUCAGGUCUUCCCAUCUCCAGCUCAUAGAGUUUGCACCCGGGUUCUCCCUCUCCACCCGAGUUGGCUGAGCUCUGUUAGCAGUGUGUGUCCAAGACAUUGCCUUCGUCCACAUGCAGCAACUGCUUUUAGAGUGAAUGGCACCUUGCUCCUCAGCAGACUCAGGCUCCCGGGUUGCUGUGCCGGAGCCUUGGAGUCUUGGAACAAAACAGCCCUAAACUACAUGCGUCUUCAGUUGAGAAAACAAUUCCCUUAAACAUGAAUUUAGUCUUAGAGUGCAGAGCCUCCGGCUGUCUUCAUUCCUCUCCUUUCCUGCCUUAUCCCCUUGGCGCUCUGUCCUACUGGAUUAGCCAGCAAGGCAAUGUGGCAAUGUCAAACACUCCACCCCACUCUAGCCCGCAGUGGGAGGGGUCCCAGCUUCCUGGCCCACCUCCCUUCCUGCUAAAUAUAUUUUUGGUAAUAUUUUUACUUUUAGUAUUUUUGUACCGGUUUGUGAAGGGAGAAAAAAAUACAGAUUUGAUUGUUUGCCAUCACCCAUGACCUCAGUGGUGUUCAUGAUGACCAUUCUUGGCAAGUGCCAAGAUUUGGUCACUGGGGUGUGUUCUUCCCCAUUCUGUGUGCUGCCCUGUCUACUGCUCCUCACCAUUAAAAACUGUUGCCAUAGAAUGUGUCUU